AAGUGAAAGAAAGCUAUACUGAGGAGUCACUUCAGGAUCCUAAACGCAAGGUCCAUGAACCUGUGAAAGGUGUUUUAAGACUGGAAAUUGAGAAGCACCAGACAUUUAAUGCGGAGCUGGAAAAUAUUUCAGAAAGUGCCAGGAUGACCAGCGAAUCUAUGGACCUAGGGGAUCAAGUGACUGAUGCAAUGUUCAUUAAGAGCCCCAAAAAUGGUUCUGAUGGGCCUCAGGGUAGCAAUUCCAUGUGGAUUCCUAAUGAUGAGAAAAAUGCAUCUGGAAAUGGAAACACUCAUGGAAAUCCAGAUCUCAAUGUUGGUGAUGUAAGCAGAAUGCCUUUCUUGCGUUUGUAUUUUCUUUUUAUAUUUUUGUUGCAUUUCAGUUGCUUAUUUGCAUGGCUGAUAGGAAAUAACCUGGGAAUUUUUCUUGUGUUCUGUAAAUAUGGUUUGCCUAUUUCUUGAUGCAAUUUUGAACGGAUGAAUGCCUCAAUUGGCUUGGAGCAAAUUUAUCUAUCUAGCAUUGUAAUGCUGGCUAUAACCUUAGCACCAUAAUAGCAUUGUAAUGCUGGGGUUCUGAACUUUUGGAGGCAAUUAAUAGCUUGAAGAAUGUGGAUUCAACUGCUUUGCUUCAGUUUCUUCACCCAAUUCUGAACAUGCUUCUCCAUCUUAUAGGAAAUGGUGGAGAAACCCUUCAGGUUGCAGGAUUCAGAGCCAUGGUUAACAUCUUGACUCGGGUGCAGCAACCAAACUUCUAAUUUAAUCUUCUGGAAUAUCCUAAGUAGUUAAAGAACUUUUUAUUAGCAUGCUUCUACUGUUUUAUAUUUUACCAGGGUGCAGCAGGAGUCAGUUGAUGAUGCUGAACGUAAUCGCUUUCUUGUUAACUAAGUAGAUUAUGCUUUUGAUGACUUUGGGGGUCGUCAACCACCUGUUUAUCCUGGGUUGUCUACUGUGUGGGGUAGCUUGGCCCGUAGUAAGGUAUGUCUAUCUUCCCCGAUACAGCCUUCUAUUAAUGAUGUUGAUUUCUGUCUGCUUUCCUGCUUCGGUAUUCUUUCUCAAUAAAAUUUUAGUAAUGUU